AUGCCUACCAACCGAAGUUGGAUGAAGGCGCACCGGCGCUCUGCAGAGUUUCGAAGUGGCGUUGAGGAGUUCGUUGCAGUAGCAACGAACCACGUGAAUUCUGACGGAUUAGCUCGAUGCCCAUGCAUGCGGUGUUUGAAUGUGAAUUUCCACACACCUGCAACUAUAAGGGUUCAUUUAUUUCUCAGCGGGAUCCAACCUUCGUACAACCCUUGGUAUUUCCACGGGGAGACUUUCUCGCAGCCCGCAGUUGAACUUCCUGAAAAUGACGAAGAGGAAAUGGCAGAUGUGUUGGCGGACAUGUUAAGAGGGGACCCUGGGUUUAACGAAUCUGCUAACACGACUGAUUCUUUCAAUGAACCCCCUAUCAACGACAACAAUAAGUUUGAUGACUUGUUUAAGGAGAUGGAGGCUGAGUUAUAUCCAGGUUGCAAAAAAUCAGCCCUCAAUGCACUGGUAAAGCUUAUGCACUGCAAGGUUUUGAAUAGGUGGAGUAACCACUCUUUCGAUAUGUUGCUGUCCAUCUUGAUUGAUCUAUUUCCGGAGGGGACAAAAUUACCGAAGUCGCAUUAUGAGUCGAAGAUGCGAUUGCGCAAUCUAGGUUUGGGUUACGACUCAAUAGAUGUGUGCAAGUAUAAUUGUGCUAUUUUCUGGAAGGAGAAUGAGAAGAAGGAGUUUUGCCCUGUAUGUGGCGAAUCACGAUGGGUGAAAAGAAAGGGUAAGGGGAAAAAAGUUCCUCACAAAGUUAUGCGUUACUUCCCACUCACACCUAGACUAAAACGAUUAUAUUGCUCAAGACACACUGCAGAGGAUAUGCGUUGGCAUUACUCGCAGAGACCAAAAGAAGACGGUGUGCUUAGGCAUCCUGCGGAUGCUGAAGAAUGGAAGCAGUUUGACCGCCUUCAUCCGUCUUUUGCUGUUGAACCUAGAAAUGUCAGACUGGGAUUGGCGACUGACGGUUUUAAUCCAUUUGGCAACAUGAGCAACUCUUACAGCCUGUGGCCAGUUAUUUGUGUCCCAUAUAAUUUGCCACCGUGGAAGUGUAUGAGUGCUGAAUCGUUGUUGUUGACCUUAUUAAUUCCAGGUCCAUCAUCUCCUGGGAAAGACAUAGAUGUAUUCAUGAGACCGUUAAUUGAUGAACUGAAACAGUUGUGGGAGACGGGUGUUGAAACCCGAGAUGCCUACAACGGAACUGUGUUUUCAAUGCGUGCGGCAGUGUUAUGGACAAUAAAUAAUUUUCCUGCUUAUGCUCUAAUGUUUGGUUGGAGCACAAAAGGGUAUAUGGCGUGUCCCACUUGCAAUGAACAUACUCCUUCCAUUGGCCUAAAUAGUCAGAUUGGAUAUGUUGGCCACAGACGUUUUCUUGAAAUGAGUGAUCCGAGAAGGAGAAGCAAAAAGUACAAUGGUAAGACUGAGAAGAGAGCACCACCUCCUGUAUUGACGGGGGAUGAUAUUUUAACUCAAUUAGACCGAAUUCCAUUGACUUUGCCUGGAAAACACAAACAAUUCGGGGGUGUGAAACGGAAGCGUUCUAGUGAAGAGCUCAAUUGGUCUAAAAAAAGUACUCUUCUAAGUAUCGACGGGAAGUCAAAGGAUACCGACAAGGCGAGAAUGGAUUUGCAAGACUUGCAAAUACGACGAGAGUUGUGGUUGUAUGAAGACCGGAAUGGGAAGUGGAAAAAGCCUCCAGCUAGUUACACACUUAGUGUUCAAGAACGGAUUGAAUUUGUAGACUUCAUAAAGUCUGUACGAUUUCCAGACGGUUUCACAGCAAACUUAGACAAAAAUGUAAAUUUGGAUACAGGCAAGAUUUCCGGGCUCAAAUCACAUGAUUGUCAUGUGUUGUUACAACGUUUACUACCGGCAGGUAUCCAUAAGUUCUUGAAAAAAGAAAUCCGGGACACAAUCAUUGAGCUCUGUGUGUAUUUCAAACAAUUAUGCUCAAGAACACUUAAUGUUUCGAAUUUAGAAAAAAUGCAAACAAAUAUUCUAACUAUUUUGUGCAAGUUAGAAACAAUUUUUCCACCGGCUUUCUUCGACAUAAUGGUUCACGUAGUUAUGCAUCUCCCUAAAGAAGCUAUACUAGGUGGACCAGUGCAGUACAGGUGGAUGUAUCCCAUUGAACGGUCAAUGUCUGUGUACAAGCAAUAUGUCAGGAAUCGUGCCCGUCCGGAAGGCUCUAUUGCUGAAUCUUUUGUGGUUAAUGAGGCAUUAACCUUUUGCUCAAUGUACUUUCGAGAAGUCGAAACUCGAUUCAACCGUCCUGACCGGAACAAUGACAUUGUCCAAAACAUGCCAACUCGACAAUUUUCUGUAUUCAAGCAUGUUGGCCGACCCCUUGGUAUGAGGACAGUCGACACCUUACCCAUGCAAAGCAAGCGUAAGGCGGAGUGGUACAUUUUGAACAAUUGCACAGAGGUUGAGCCGUAUAUCAAUGAGCACAAGGAGUUGCUUCAAGCAAGGGGUGUAGGCAAUAUUGAAAAAGUGCAAGAGACUGAGUUCCCUGAAUGGUUCAAAACUCGAAUUAAUGAACUACGGUUGAGCAACCACGGUGCAGUGUCAGAUGAGUUGUAUGCUAUCGCUAACCCAGCGAAUGCAGCAAUUUAUUUUUAUCCAGGGUGCAUAGUGAACGGUAUUAAAUUUUUGGUCAAGGAAAGGGAUGAGAACCGCAAAACACAAAAUAGCAGUGUCAUGUGGUUUAAAACUAACGGGAGUAGAAUGGAUAGUGACGGUGUUAUUACUAGCAUCUGCGUCAACCGACAGUGGUACCAAAAUGAACCGUUCAUACUUGCAUCUCAAGCAAAAUUGAUCUACUACAUUCCUGAUUUAAGGAACGGUAAAGACUGGCUGAUUGUAAAUGAGUACAUACCACGCAAUGUUUGGGACUUCCCGGACACGGAUGGGGAGACACCCUUUGUACGAGAAAACAAUUCAGCUGAAACCGAGUUCGUUGUUCAACUUCCACAGUUGGAUGAUGUUGACUAUGUUCGCCAUGAUGUCGACCCAACUGAAGUUGCAAACAUCCAUCGUGUGAAUUCACAGCCUCAACAAUUAGAUGAUUUCAUUGUCGAUGAUGACAACGAGGGUUUAAAUACCGAAGAAGACAACUCCUUAGAAUUAGAGAGUGACAGUGAUGAUAAUGCUGUAUAUGUAACUGAUGAUGAGGAUGAUGAAUUGUAA